UGCUGGAUAUCAUCCCAAAAACAUCCCAAUAAUAUUUAUCGGCAUUUCGUGGCUAUUAUUCGUGUUAUAUAUCCACCGCUGGACUACAUUUCCUCAAAUGGAGUAUUUCUAGUGAUAUAUCAGAUGAAGAUACGUCUGAAACCGUACAAACAAUAUCCGGAUAUUCCCCAAAACCUAAGGAGUAUUCCUAGUAAUAUAUCAGUGGAAUAUACGUGGGGAACGGUGCAAUUACCAAUGUAUUUGGCGACCGAUGACCCCUAUGUGUGGGAACUGGAGACCACACCCUAUAGAGAGAAGGGCUAUGUUUUUAAGGGAAAUCCAUUGCAUUCAAUGAGAGCUCAGACGUAUAGGAGAUUUACCGAUACGGCGACUGUGGACCUGAUAAGUGAUGUCUGGAUGUUGAGUGAAUGCGAUCACAUAGUCUGUACCCUCAGCUCC